GACAACAAAUGAGAAUCAGAUAUGCACCAGUCAAACCUAUACAAAAGGUAUCAAGUGUACGUGGAUCAUCUACUGCUGAAGGUGGUUCCAUUUUGGAUCGCCUUGGUGGUGUUGCUCGCAGUGGAUUAGUGCUUGGACGAAGUGUGAACAAUGAUACAAUGUCUCGUGGGCGUGGAAGCAAGAAUCCAGAUGGUCGUCGGAAACCAGCGAAUCGUAAGCCGGUCACGGCUGAUGAUUUAGACGCCGAUCUAGAUGCCUAUAUGGCCAUUGAUUGCGGAACGUCCGUGGAAAAAAAUACAUUGCCCGUUUCAAACGGAGAAAAUGGGAUGGAUUUAUCAUAG